CGAUGGCAAUGGAAUGAUUGAUUGCUAGAGAGUGAGAUUAAACAUGGCUCGGCCUCGUUAGGGCGAAAUAAAGAAGGGCAACAGCAGCGAGCGACCGAGGCAGCACAAAGAUUAUCAAGAUUCUCUGCACCCUCUUCCGUCCGCCGUCGGUCAUCCUCUUCCUCGUCGGUCAUCCUCUUCCUCGUCGGAAAAGCCAGUCUGAAUUUGACGCAUUGAACUGUCCCGGUCGCUCACGACGCACCAGUAUCAGGGCAUCUCGCGGGAAAGGAAACCUGGUCAGAAGAUGAAGGGGAGCGGCGAUGUUGUCGCCGGGACGACGACGGCGGAGGCGCCCCUGCCUACACAGCUAGACUGGAAAUUCUCGCAGGUGUUCGGGGAGCGGACGGCGGGCGAGGAGGUCCAGGAAGUCGAUAUUAUUUCAGCCAUUGAAUUUGACAAGUCUGGUGAUCAUCUUGCCACUGGAGAUCGAGGAGGACGUGUUGUUUUGUUUGAGAGGACUGAUGUUAGAAAUCAUGCUUCACGGAAGGAUUUGGAGAUGGAUGGCGAUCCAAUUGGUAGGCACCCUGAGUUUCACUACAAAACUGAGUUCCAAAGCCACGAGCCUGAGUUUGACUAUCUUAAAAGCUUGGAAAUAGAGGAGAAGAUUAACAAAAUCAAGUGGUGUCAGACAACCAAUAAUUCUCUUUUUCUUCUUUCUACCAAUGACAAGACAAUUAAGUGCUGGAAGGUGCAAGAAAAGAAAGUGAAAAAGAUUGCUGAGAUGAAUAUACACGCUUCAGAAAAUGGGAGCAUUGCGAGCUCAAGUACAACUACUUCCACGAGUUACUUGCCAAACGGUGCUUGUGCUGUAAUACCCCACAAUCACUUGAGCACCGACCUCUCUUACCCCUCUGGAUGUUCUGCAUCACUACGUCUGCCAGUGGUAGUGACAAGCCAAGAUACAUGUCUUAUUGCCAGAUGUAGAAGGAUCUAUGCUCAUGCUCAUGAUUAUCACAUUAAUUCCAUCUCUAAUAACAGUGAUGGCGAGACAUUCAUAUCAGCUGAUGAUCUGCGAAUAAAUCUUUGGAAUUUGGAGAUCAGCAGUCAAAGCUUUAAUAUUGUUGAUGUGAAACCUGCAAACAUGGAGGAUUUAACUGAGGUGAUAACAUCUGCUGAGUUUCAUCCAACCCAUUGUAACAUGCUGGCAUAUAGUAGUUCAAAGGGCUCAAUCCGGCUCAUAGACUUGCGGCAGUCCGCCUUAUGUGAUAACCAUUCCAAGAUAUUGGAUGAACGUGAAGCGCCUGGUUCACGGUCAUUUUUCACAGAGAUUAUUACAUCAAUUUCAGAUAUUAAAUUUGCAAAAGAUGGAAGAUAUCUCCUUAGUCGAGAUUAUAUGACCCUUAAGCUAUGGGACAUAAACAUGGAGUCUAGUCCCGUUUCAACUUUUCAAGUCCAUGAGUAUUUAAGGCCUAAGCUUUGUGAUCUCUAUGAAAAUGAUUCAAUCUUUGAUAAAUUUGAUUGCUGUCUCAGUGGUGAUGGGUUGCGUGUUGCAACUGGGAGUUACAGCAAUCUUUUUCGUGUAUUUGGUUGUGUUCCUGGCAGCGAUGAAGCAACCACUUUGGAGGCCAGUAAAAAUCCAAUGAGGCUGCAAGUGCAAGCUCUUCCAAAACCUGCAAGGUCUCUAGGCAACUUGACACGAGUUGUCAGACGAGGUUCAGAAAGCCCUUCAGAUGUGAAUGGAAAUUCAUGUGAUUUUACAAGCAAAUUACUCCAUUUAGCAUGGCACCCUACAGAAAAUUCUAUUGCGUGUGCUGCAAUGAACAGCUUGUACAUGUACUAUGCAUGAAGAUGCGACUGGACGGAGCCUCAUUUUGCAACUUAGUCUUGAUUUGUUUCCAGAGGCAAUUAGCUUUUGAUGUUCGAUGAGCACGUACUGGGGCCAUUAGUUGCUUCAAAAGUUGGACUUCUAGUUCGAAGGUUCUUAUGAUAAAUUUUGUGGAACCGAUGGAAAUCUUGACUAAUUUUUUGAAUGCCCCACGUUGUUGUAGAUCUGUUGCACAUAUUGCUCAAGGUGUUUUCAUGAUUCCGAAGUAUGGCAGUUCAGCAUUUGGAGUGGUAUCUGUGCCUGUGGGAUGUGCCUAGAUGCGUACUGAAGCUCGCAAAAGCUGUUAUCCUGCAGUGUUUGCAUCAAAUGUCAUACACUAACACCCCUCAGCUUCUUGAUCUUUGGACUAGGUUCCCAGUAGCAAUUGGCUCCAUGUAAUGGCUAUCGUCAUUGAUAUUUUUUUUACUUAUAAUCUUUCGAAUAAAUACACUUGGAUGCCUCGUGUAUGACCGCUUGUAUGUUUCACGUCCGUUUGUAGUUAACCUUCAACACUCUUUGCUUUCAUAGUUCAUUGCCUGACCUCA